AAUGCAUCCGGGCGUUUUCAAAAUGUCAGCGCUCAUGGAUAAGUGUUGUGGACCGGUGAUUAGGGCAGUGUACCAAAAUAGUAAAUGCAGGCAUGUACGCUACAACAGCUACAAGCCCUUGGCACACGCAAAACACUUCCCUUCCGUCUCAACUCCAAUGUUGCCACCGGGCACAUUUGAUGGCAAGACGGCAUUCAUCACGGGAGGAGGAACUGGUCUGGGAAAGGGCAUGGCAUUGUGUUUGUCUCAACUUGGCGCCAGAGUGGCCAUUUCAGGCAGAAAAAUGGAGCCAUUGCAACAAACAGCAGCAGAAAUAAGUGGCCUAACUGGAAAUAAGGUGCUUCCAAUAUCUGCAGAUGUGAGGGAUGAGGCUGCUGUGACACAAGCCCUUGACAAAAUCACAUCUGAGUUUGACCUACCUACCAUCAUCAUCAACAAUGCUGCGGGGAACUUCAUCUCCCCAACGGAGAGGUUGUCCUACAAUGCAUGGAAGACGGUGGUUGAUAUUGUUCUGAAUGGCACAGCCAACGUCACAUUGCAAGCUGGGAAGAGGCUGAUUGAUGCCGGAAAAGGAGCAGCAUUUUUGUCCAUAUCAACUGAUUAUGCAGAGACUGGUUCAGGAUUUGUUGCACCAAGCUCCGCAGCCAAGUCAGGUGUUGAAGCACUCACAAAAUCUCUAGCUGCUGAAUGGGCCAGGUAUGGAUUCAGAUUCAACUGUCUGUCUCCCGGCGCUAUUGAGACAAAGGGAGCAUUCAGUCGACUUGACCCAACUGGUCAGUUUGUACAGAAGUUCGUCCAUCGUGUCCCAACUGGACGUCUCGGGCAAGUGCCGGAACUGGCCAACCUGGCAACCUACCUGGUCAGCGACUAUGCCAGCUGGAUCACUGGACAGGUGGUGAGACUGAAUGGGGGCGAGUACCCGGCCUCCUCAGGGAUGUUCAGCCCACUGGUACAGGUGACGAAGGAACAGUGGGAUCAGCUGGAGGCCAUGAUCAGAGGGGUGAAAGGAUCGUGAACCUAGUCCAGGACCGUCCACACCUCUUCAUAGAGUCCCUCUACAUUAGUGCAUAGAUUGUUUAUUGACCAGAGCCCACUUGCACAAAGGAAUCUUAGCGCUACGACUAUUGUAAGCGUGUGUUAAAGCAUGGGAGUUACGAUCAUCUUAGCGCUUUGUGCAAGUGGGCCCAGGUCAUCUGGAUCUGAUUAAUGAGAAUGGUUGAAGAUGGCUGAACAUGGCUGUGUGUUUGAAUGAUUCUUUGUAUAAUUGGAAGAAAUAUUUGUGUAUGUGAUGAGAACCGAUGCUUGAUUGAUGACUUAUUGAGGCAUUGGAGAUGAACCGGAAGUACCUCAUGAUGGUUUAAAUGACAUGAUAGAACAAAUCCAUUACUCACUGCACAAGUCAAAGAUUAACCACCUCAAUAUUAGGGUAUAUUCCAUAUGAAUAUUUAUUUGUGUUAUAAGAAUUAAACAUAAUAAAAUCGUUAUAUUUUUA